AUGAUGCCAGGGCAGAUCCCCGACCCGUCCCUGACGGCUGGCGCGCUGCCUGGGCUCGGCCCCUUGACGGGACUGCCUGGCACAGCCCUGACCGCUGAGGAGCUGAAGUACGCCGACAUCCGCAACAUUGGGGCCAUGAUCUCGCCGCUCCACUUCCUGGAGGUGAAGCUUGGGAAGAGACCUCAGCCUGUGAAAAGUGAGCUGGACGAGGAAGAGGAGAGGAGGAAAAGGCGCCGGGAGAAAAACAAAGUAGCGGCAGCACGGUGUCGUAACAAGAAGAAGGAGAGGACGGAGUUCCUGCAGCGGGAGUCCGAGCGUCUGGAGCUCAUGAACGCUGAGCUGAAGGCCCAGAUAGAAGAGCUGAAACAGGAGAGGCAGCAGCUGAUCCUGAUGCUGAACUGCAUUGUGCGGACAGACAGCAUCAAGACGCCUGAGAGCGAAGCCAACCCGCUGCUGGAGCAGCUAGAGAAGAAGUGAAGGUGUCACUGGGCCAGGAGGAGGAGACGGUGGCGCAGGGUCUUCCAGGGUCUCUCAUGUAUGUACUGUAUGAAGAACUGUGCACCCAG